GCCUGGCCGUCGUAUGCCAAUGAACCUUAGAUGCCAUCUGCUUGCAUUGUUGCGUUGCGGCAGACGGAUCGCGAGCGCCCUUGAUAGCACAUACAUGGGUCCGAGUUUUGAUUCGUCGUCACGACUCACGACAGGUCCGGGGCACCCGUUUCGGCGGGCCGCUUUUAAGGUCAGAAACCUUCCAACUAGCGGCGUAUGGGCAACGCCCCGGAAGAACAAACGUCAAAUGGGGAUGGGCGGGUAACAUUAAUGCAGGCUCUUGAAGCCGCCAGAAAGCAGGCAACCACCGAAAGUCUCGUAGCUUUUCGCCACCGGCGUGAAAAAAGGUGCAUACUUCAAAUCUGAAGGACCCACAUUAUAGUGACUCAUGGGUCAUGGAAGGAAGGGCUUUCUCGUACGGUGCUGGGCAAGAAUUUUGCAGAGCGCCACUCGCUGCGGUCUGGAGAGGAGCAUGCGCUACAUCUUACGUUGCAGUUGAAGCCCUACAAAAAGCUGAGAGGACAAAGGUAUGUCACCUUCGCUCGAAUCGCGCCCUUAAGUAUCUGAUGCAUCUGUUAUUCCUAAUGGAAUGCAUAGACGCCACUUCAACCGGACGGCGCCCAGCAUUCACGAAGCCUUUGUCCAUUACAACGCAUCCAGAAUGUCUUGCAUCCCAUAGCGGCAAAGGGGUGGACGGCUUCUCUCUGCUGCUGGCGGCCGCCGCAUACCAAAAUGCUUCGCCAUUUCAAGAUUUGUCGCCGCCAAUCACACCACCACGUCGGCCUCUUCAGGAGGCUGUCACCAAGUACAUUGCCGUAGACGGCGAUUAUGAGAGGAUUGUCAGUAUCGGCUAUGGUCCGUCAUACAAUAUCGACCUUGGCACUCGCUCACCAUCAUGUCCGACUCAGUAUCUUUCCAUUCGCUGGUCCAAAACCUACGAAGCCUUUGAACUUCGAAUCAUCGGCCCAGGCUGUUUGAGGCUUGGAUCCAAUACCUUCACUCAGAACACGUCAACGAUCAUCCUCGAUACGGCGACCGUAUUCUGGUAUCAGGGGAAGAACUUUCUGUUCCGGAGACCAGCAACUGCAGCAAAAUCCGAAAACGCCGUGUGGCACUCGCCCAGACAAGUGUCUUCCCCAGCUUACAGCUUAUGGACUUCAACGGCGGAACCGGUCGCCGUCACGGAGUUGAGUUUGGCGCCCUCGCCAGCCCUUUGGCCGAGCGCACAGGCCUCCCAGGAGCGAUCGUCCCAAGAUGGUGAGCCACCGCAUGGGCCUUUGCGAUCAAAACGGUCUCCCAAGAAUCGACAAUCCACUCCAUAUACCACGCCGGCGACAUCGUCGAUCGAAAGACAACCCUCAACGCCAGAUGCCAAUGCCAAUGCGGUACGGCCACACAUCUCUUGGGCAAAUCUCAUCAUCAAUGCUUUCAAGUCUUCAGGAAAGCGCUUCCUUCUUGUCUCGGAAAUAUACGUCAUGAUCAUUUCGACCUAUCCAUACUUCGCCGCGCGCAAAAACUUGAAAAAGUGGAAGAAUGCCGUACGCCACGCCCUUUCGGUCAACACCUGCUUCUUCCGUCUCAACGAGAAUGAGUACAAGUGCGGCUUAUGGGGCUUUCAUGAAAAGACCGGCCCGACGACUUGUAGGAAAGGGAAACGGCCCACAGCUGCAAUGGAUGGACUUUCGAGUCCCGUUUCCAGCCCCGAGGCUGAAAAUUGUGGAUCUCAGCCCACUUCCGCAAAGCAUAUUGCCAAUUCUGCUCUGCUAAGCCGACCAGCGGCUUCAAGCCCGACGCUAUCGCUUCCUGUGCCAGAGCCGAGGAUCGAACGAGCCAAAGGCCUUUGUCAAAUCAAUGCUCGGGAUCUGGACCUUGACAUGAAAAGGAAACUAGACGUCGGUUCGACAUUCUGACCUCUCAAAGUAUGCGGCCAAUCUUGGCCUCAGGGAAAACCUGACCAUAUCACGCUCACAUUCGCGCCUCAUGGAUCGCACCGAUCCCCGUACUUCUCGUUUUACCUGCGCCUCAUCGACUGCAUUCGGCGUUAUUCAAUCUUUUCCACGUAUUUAUGUCGUAUACGCUUUUUCGAGACCCAUCCCAUAUUUCAUGUUCUUCUAUGUAGCUAUCUAUGCAUGUCCGGUCACUUCGCGCCGGGCGAUGGAUUGAUUCUUCGAUGUAUAUGGAUUUUUUUCUGCUCAAUGGCUGAAGUUGAUUGUAAGGGAGGGGUGAACUGCAAAUGUAGAAAUGUAUUUAAUGUUCAGGUAUGUGGAACA